AGGUGGUGAGUCGCAGGUUGAGUAUAUGCUUAUUUUGUUUUGCUCAUGAUUUUUUUUUGGACCUCUACUCCGGAUCAUCCUACCAUAAGAAUCGCAUUUCCUUUGUCCUCUACAUACCCAAUUUGAUCUCCGGAUUGCUGACGCAACCCUCAUCCAUCCAUCCAUUUUCUUUCACUCAACGUCUUGCCGAGGAACAAAGACAGAGUAUUCCAACUAGCUUGGAGACAAAACCUCCUAGUGCAGAUUCUUCUGGGGAAUCCAAUUCAGUCGCAGGUAUCUCAUCGGCCCAGCUAUUUCAAACACUACUUAAAUAGGGCAUUCGGUUUCCUUUGUCCGCCCACCGUCCGCAAGUUUGCUUGAGCUGAGAUCGCAACCUCGAUUUGCUGGUUGUAGAAGCAAAGCAGAAGCUGAUAGUUCCCAGUGGUGUUUACCCGUCACAUCACACCCAGCAUCUCAUAAUCACAAUAGCAGCAUAACAUAUCGAUGACAAUAUGGUCAGUCGAAUCUGGUGUCUUCCAUCACCUCCAAAACCCCUACAGAACAGCACCAGCCACGAUUGUCCUACCUCUACGUCUCCUACUUCACCACUCCUACCCUCAGCAGCACUACCUUCAGAUACAGACUCAAACUCAGCCUCAUCUCUCGACCAAAACAUAGCACCCUCGUGUUCCUCCUCUCACACAACCCACACCAACACCUCGAGACCAUACACAAAACCAGAGCCCAAACCACCACCCCGCCUCCACCUCCGCGCACUCAUACCUUCCAAACCACUAGUUCCCUCUAGUACGAAUACUAUUCUCAUCCCUCUCCCUCCACCUCCACCUCCUCCACCUCCAUCUUUCCCCUUCCCAUGGAUAUGGCAAUGCCAUCUCUGUGGCUCAGUCUACAGACUUGGUGUUACGAGGAGGUGUUUAGAGGAUGGGCAUUUUUUCUGUGCGGAGGGUAGGACGCCUGUUUUGACCCCUACAGGACAGGAUGGUAAUGGGGAUGGUGGUGAAAAUGGAAAUGGGGGUGAGAAAAGAAGCGGAAGGGGAGGCAGCGAGGAGAAAGCGAAGAGGAGGAGAGGCAAGAGAAGAGACAAGAAGGGAAAGAAGAGGGGUAGAAAUAAGAAAAGGGGGUGUAGAGCUGAAUUCGACUACGAGGGGUGGAAGGCGUGGGGUGUGUGCAGGAGGAGGAGGGAGGUGUGGAGGUUAUAUGCUCAGAGGGGUGUUGGGGCUGAGGAGGUGACGAUGGGGAGGUGGGGGAGGGGUGCUAGGGAUGAGGUUGAGGUUGGGGAUAGGAAGGGGGAUUUGAGAGACAGGGCAAGGGAGAGUGGCUAUAUGCACAAUCCUGAUGAGAGAGGCCGAAGCAGAGGACGAAGUGGAGAGGGGGAACCGGCCGGAAACACUCGAUGGGACGAUGGAAAUGAACGUAAAAACUGCUGGCUUGAUUGCGAUUUCCCUUCUCAGUGCCAUAAUGAGAGGAGAUUGGGGAAGUUGGAUGAGGAGUGGAUGGAGAGGGAAUGGGGAACGGCGGGGGAGGUAGAUGUUCCUGCUUACGAGGAGAGAUUGGAUGAGAGUCCACAUUUGGAUGUGGAUGUAAAUGAGGAUGUGGAUAAUCAUGAGGACCAGACUGGGAGUAAAAAGAGGAGAAAGCUAUCUUCUGUUCCAGGAGAGUUCGAGCUCGAGGUGGAACUUGGAGAGGAGAAUAAGAAUGAGGUGUUUCUGGCUGGCGUGGGUCAGUGGAACGACGAUCACGAUGAGGACGGAGAUACAAUCAUGACCGACGCAGAUGUGGAUUAUGAGUCUGAAGAAGGUGCAAACCCAUGGGCUAAAUUCGACCCUAUCUCAGGCUCGAGACCCGCCUCAUACAGUCAAACUCACAAAAUCCCAACUGGCCUAGCCAUCUCCACAGACAAUCACACAGCUGCAGAAGAACGAGAUGUCGCUUUUACGAUUUCGAGGGAUGAUGGUGGUGGAGAGCGUGAAAAUCUCGGUCCUAUAGGUAUAGAUAGUGAUGGUUUAGGAGAGGCGGGGUACCAGUUGAGUCAUAUAAGGAGUAUAAGGCGGAAGAGUGUUGAGGGACUGGGUGGUGAUCAGAGUCCGCCUGGAAGUCCGUUGAAGGAGUGUUCGAAUUUGAUUGGGUUUGAGGAGUUGGAUGGUGGGGAUUUGGGGGUAAGAGGGGGUGGGAAUGGUGGUGUUGGUGUUGGAGAAGGGACCGAUGCUUGGAAGAAUCUGGGACUUGGGCAAAGGAUGGGGGUGGGAUAG